AUGUCCAGUAUCCACGGUGUUGCAAAGGUCACCAAUCUCAAUCGCGCCUCCGAAUUCAGCAUACUCAGCCACUUCGGCGACUAUGCUGUUCUCCCAAUGAACUCGAACGAUGACACGCUAUGGAACUUUCAGCCCAGCACAUCAGGGGGGGCGGAAAACGCAUACGUGAUCACCCUCUACAAGCCUGAUGGCAGUAGAGAUGGGAAUCUAUGUCUGGCGCUCUCUCCUGAUCAAUCAAACCAAGAUAUGAUCAGCAUAGUGUUACAGCAGCUGAGCCAGCCACCUACGCCUGAUCAGAUGUGGACUCUGGAACGGGCUAUAGUUCCCCCUGCUUUCCCAGUGCGAUAUGCAAUCGCAGAGAUAUGCAAUCUCGCUAAACGAGAGUUGUGUGCGGCACCGGGUGGCAAUACUCCAUUACCGCUGAUUUUUAUGCCUGUGUCUGCAGGCAAGAAUGAUGGCCAAAGGGACGAUAUGAGGUGGAAAAUUGAUUUCGCCCGCUAA